AUGGCCCGCCGCGCGGACUCUCGCUCACCUUCGCCUGCAGGAAAGAGAAGCCAGCGGGGCGAUGACCGUUACGAAAGAGAUCGAAGGGAUGAUGGGAAACAUUACAGACGCCGCAGCCGGUCAAGAAGCCCUGAUCGACGUUAUAGAGACCGUGAUUCCCGCCGCAGAGAUCGCUCCCUAGACUGGCGUGACCGCCGUGAUGAGGAUAGUUAUCGCCCCAGUCGGCGAGAUCGUUCUCGCGAAAGGAGACGCUCGCGGGACCGAGAUGUAGGCAGGGACCGCCGUUAUCGAAGCCGAGAAAGAGACUAUCGCGAUAGGCGAGAUGAUUCCCGUGAAAGAGCGCGGCGACGCCGCGAUGAUUCUGCUGACUCUAGACGCAAGGCUAGACGGGAGGAUAGCAAAGAGAGGGCUCCGAGUCUAACAUCAAGCGUGAAGAACAGAGAUUCAUCCCGUCCCCCGACGCCUACGAAGCCGACAGAAGAGGAGAAGAAGGCCGAACGGUUGGCGAAAUUGGAAGCAUGGAAGAAAAAGCAGGCAGCCGAGCGAGACCGAAAGCAAAAGGAGUUAGAAGCUGCUGGUGGUGCUCGGAGUCUCCUUGAGGAGAUGGAUAAAAAGGCGACAGCACCUCCCACCACCACGGCGACUCCUAUCUCGCCCACGACCCCGAUUGAUUCCGCGGCGCCUGCCCCUUACGCUGGAAAGUUUGACCCCAAAGCAAUAGCCAAGAAGGCAAAUGCAUCAUCGUCGGGAGCAGCUGCGCUUGGAGAGGAUGUGGCCCUUCCUCAACCUCCUAAGCCAUCUACAAACUUGAUCUCUGCAGCUUCCAGUGUUAAGGCUAACGAAACUACUAAUGCUGCUCCAGGUGGCGCCCCUAAAACCGGCACAUCCCUGUCUCUAAAGGGUCGCGGAAACGUUGGCAAGUUCGGUUUUGGUACAAAAUUAGGUCCUGAAGGUGGAAAGGCUGCCCCAAAGCGGACUCUGGACUUUGGCGAGGAAGAAUCUACGCGCAAGAAGCUGGAAAAGCUUCCGACCCCACCUCCUGGAGGUGAGGAGGACAAUGAAGAUACCGUGAUGGCUAACGGCGUGGACGCUGAAGACGAAGAUGACGAGGACAUUGGUAUGCAGGAUGCUGGAAACGAGGAGGAGGCCGCAGCAGCGGCCCGUGCAGCUGCCGAAAAGCGCGAAGAGAGGUUACAAAAUCAGAAUCGUGCUUACCAGUCGGGCGACAGUUCUGCAGCUGAGCUUGCGGAAACUAAUGGUGAAGUCACCAUGACGGAUGCUGAGGCGCAGCCCGCUGCUGAAGAGGAAGAGGAGGAAAUUGAUCCUCUCGAUGCUUUCAUGUCUGAACUUGGGGAAGCUCGUAAAGGUCCCAAACCGAAAACUCUUUCCAAGGGUAAAUUGCAAGAGCCAGAGGCAAUGUUUGGCGAUGAUGACGUUGACCUCAGUGCUGUGGAUGCCGACCCAGACGAUAUUUUAGCAAUGGCCAAACAAGCAAGGAAGAAGAAGGACAUUCCAACUGUCAACCAUGACAAAGUUGAUUAUGAAUCUUUCCGGAAGAGCUUCUACAGCGAGCCCUCUGAGCUUGCCGAGCUGAACGAAGCGGAGGUCGCAGACUUGAGACUUGAGCUAGAUGGCAUCAAAGUGCGAGGAGUCGAUGUGCCAAAGCCUGUUCAGAAAUGGUCUCAGUUUGGCCUUGGCGUGCAGUCAUUGGACGUUAUCCAUAGGCUAGGUUACGACAAACCGACCUCGAUCCAAUCCCAGGCGGUGCCGGCUAUCAUGUCAGGGAGAGACGUGAUUGGUGUAGCGAAAACUGGUUCUGGAAAAACUGUUGCCUUUCUUCUGCCCAUGUUCAGACAUAUCAAGGAUCAACGGCCAUUGGAAUCGCUCGAGGGACCUGUGGCUUUAGUUAUGACUCCCACGCGAGAGUUAGCGACUCAGAUUCAUCGGGACUGCCGACCUUUCCUCAAGGCGCUAAACCUUCGAGCCGUGUGCGCAUACGGCGGUGCACCCAUUAAGGAUCAGAUAGCGGACCUCAAACGGGGAGCCGAAAUUAUCGUUUGCACGCCUGGUCGAAUGAUUGAUUUGCUGGCAGCAAACUCAGGAAGGGUGACAAAUCUACGACGCGUCACCUACGUCGUGCUUGACGAAGCAGACCGAAUGUUUGAUAUGGGGUUUGAGCCCCAAGUCAUGAAGAUUCUAGCAAACAUUCGACCGGACAAGCAGACAGUGCUCUUCUCAGCUACUUUCCCUCGUCAAAUGGAAGCUUUGGCUCGCAAAACGUUAGCGAAACCGGUUGAGAUUAUCGUCGGCGGUCGCAGCGUCGUUGCACCAGAGAUUACGCAAAUGGUUGAAGUUCGUGCUGAGGAUACAAAAUUCAUUCGUUUGCUCGAACUUCUCGGCGAGCUCUAUGAUGCAGAUGAAGAUGCCAGGACCCUUAUAUUCGUCGAUCGUCAGGAAUCUGCCGAUAGCUUGCUGCGAGAUCUUAUGCGCAAAGGGUAUCCGUGCAUGUCAAUUCAUGGUGGUAAGGAUCAGAUCGAUCGUGACUCUACCAUUUCGGACUUCAAAGCUGGAGUUGUUCCCAUAUUGGUUGCCACAUCGGUCGCCGCGCGUGGGUUGGAUGUCAAGCAGCUUAAACUGGUGGUUAAUUAUGACGCACCGAACCAUCUCGAAGAUUAUGUCCAUCGAGCAGGUCGGACGGGUAGAGCCGGCAACACCGGAACGGCUGUCACAUUUAUUACGCCUGAACAGGAGCGGUACUCUGUAGAUAUCGCUAAAGCUCUGAAACAGAGUGGUCAAGAUGUCCCAGCGCCGGUUCAGAACCUCGUUGAUUCCUUCAUCGAGAAAGUAAAGGCCGGAAAGGAGAAGGCUAGUGGCUCUGGAUUCGGUGGUAAAGGUCUUGAGCGCCUCGACCAGGAACGUGAUGCUGCACGCAAUCGAGAGCGCAAGACAUACAAAACUGGCGAGGAAGGCGAGGAAGAAGAAAAAGAGGAAACCAAAGAGGAAGAAUUUGUCGUCAAGUCUGCAGCAGCAGCACAGGCGCCGGCUGCGCCGGCUGCUGCUGCUCCCACUACCACUGGCGUACCGAAGGGUAUCGAUUUGGACAAGAUCACGGUGCAUAAGACGGAAGCAGCCCCCCGUGCAGGGUCUUCGAACAACCCUCUCGAUCGUGUCGGUCAAGCCGUCGCUGAUAUCCAUUCGCGUCUUAGCAAGACUGGGCAGAUGCGGACUGGCGUACCAAUCGACAACAAGGGCCCCGAUGCUGGUGCAUUCCACGCUACUCUGGAGAUUAAUGACUUCCCACAGAAGGCCCGUUGGGCCGUCACGAAUCGCACAAAUGUUGCGAAGAUCCUCGAGGCCACUGGCACGUCGAUUACCACGAAGGGCAGCUUCUAUGGGCCAGGCAAAGAGCCACAAGCCGGGGAGAACCCCAAGCUGUAUAUUCUUGUGGAAGGCGAUACGGAACUGGUGGUCACCAAUGCUAUGAGAGAGCUGAUGAGAUUGCUCAAGGAAGGUACGACUGCUGCCAUGGACAGCGAAGCCAGAGCGCCUGCAAGUGGACGUUACAAUGUCGUUUGA